AUGGCUGACACCGCCAUUCAAUUGCCAUAUUUGGCAUCUCACUAUUCAGUUCCUGAAACUACGCUUACGAGCUUGACAGAAGCCCCAACGGUGGAGCUUGUCAAUCAGCUUUUGCAGUCCCUCACCAAAAGGGCUCAUGAACAUGACGAGCUCAAGACUGACAAGGAGAGCUUGAGUGUGGAACAUGACACUUUUAAACGCAAUACUGAGUUGAAGAUUAAUGCUCUCAAAUCCAGUGUUGAAAAGGAACACAAGGAAGUCGAAGGUCUUCGCGAGAAAUUGCGUGAAUCUGAAACCACCCGCUCUUCGUUGGAAAAGGAAAUUUCGGCACUUACAUCUUCAUCCACCUCAAACGAAUCCGACAUCACGUCCCUCAAAUCUCGUGUCUCAACCCUUGAGGCAUCGAACAGAAAUUUACUCGAACAAUUUGAAUCCAAAUCAUCUGCUUAUGACGAAUUGGCACGGGAGCUUUCGGUUCAGCACGAGCAGACCAUCGAGCUGCGACGCUCACUCUCUAAGGCCGAGCAACAGGUCCAGGCUCACAAUUCGGAUUCUAGUCAUGCACGUUUCCGCGAACAAAAUCUUCAGCAAGAACUGGAUCUUAUCAACAAGAAUAACGAAUGGUUUGAGACAGAAUUGAAGACGAAAUCUACCGAGUACAUCAACUUCCGCAAGGAAAAGACUGCUCGAAUUUCGGAGCUUCAACGUGAAAAUGAGGAGGCAAACUCCACUAUCGACCAGCUGAGACGCAGCGAAAACUCACUCAAGAGUCGUCUGGAUGAAACGGAACAACGGUAUGACGAGUCUCUGGCUACCAUCCAGAAGUUGGAGGAAGAAGCCAUCCAAGCAACCGAAUCGUUCCGUAUCGAGCUCGACAGCUCCAAUCGACUUGCUGAGUUGCAAGGAUCUGCUGCGCAGAUGGCCAAGCAACGCGCACAAGAAUGUCAACUCAAUCUAGAAAAAGCGAAACACGCCGCGGCACAAGAAAUCUCUCGUCUGCUUGUGGAGCUUGAGACCGAGACAAAAGAGAAGAACAAUGCUGAGUCUCGUAUUUCUGAACUUGAGGAGGUGAUUGCGCAGGUUGAGUCUGAGACAGCAAGAGGCAGAUCUGCAAGCCCUGCUCGUUCUUUGAAUGGGGCCGGACCUAGUACACCGAUGCGUUCCAGCACCAUGCGAUUCGGCACUCCAGGGAGUACAUUCUCACCGCGAGCCUCGCGUGGCAAGGGUGGUUUGACAGUCACCCAAAUGUACUCUGAGUAUGACAAGAUGCGAGCUGCCUUGGCUGCGGCGGAGAGGAACAAUCAAGAAUACCGGGCAACGAUUGAUGAGAUGGUGUUGGAGCUGGAUUCCACUAGCCCUGACAUCGCGCAAAAGGACGCAGAAAUCAACCGUCUGAACCAGGCUGUUGUAGAUAUGUCUACACUGAACGAUACGGCCAAUAAAGAAAAGGACCAUUCGCUGAAGGAGGCACGGAAGUGGCAAGGCCAGGUCGAGGGGUUGGCCCGUGAUGGCGAUAUCCUCCGCCGUCAGCUUCGGGAUCUGGGUUCUGAAGUUAAGGUUCUUCUCUUGGAAGUUGCUCUUCUACAGAAGGGCGAAGAUUACGAUCGCGAGGAGCUUGAGAGAAUCGCACGUGGCCAGAUUGAAGAAUCAGAUGCGGAUCUGAACGCCACUGGCCGCUUUAUCAGCCAGAACCUGACAACUUUCAAGAAUCUCCACGAACUUCAGGCUCAAAACGUCAAGCUUCGGCAAAUGUUGAGAGACCUCGGUGACAGACUGGAAGGCGAGGAGGCUCGUGAGAAGGAGGCUGCGAGACUGAACGAAAUCGAUGAACUCAAGGAACUUCGAGUCCGAGCCCAGACAAACUCAGAUGAGAUUGCCAACCUCACUGCGCAAAUGCAAAGCUACGUCAAGGAGCGGGACACCUUCCGCAGCAUGCUUAUGCACAAGAAACAGAACACCACCGAACAAUCUGUAUUCUCGCAGUCUAUGCCGCUCGGUGCUUCUCCUGGUGCUGGUGAACUAGGACAGGACAACGCUGAAAUGCUCGGCAAAGUCCAAGCUCAAUUCGACGCCUACCGCGAGGACACCAACACAGAGCAUACUAAACUCCGCCAGCAGGUCAAUGAGCUUGCUCACGAGAAGAGUAAGCUCUUGUCCGAGAUCAGUCGUCUCAAUGGCGCAAUUACUGCCUCCUCGCGCCGCGAAGAGCUUCUUCGAAGUGAAACAAACAUGCACCAAAGCGAAAAGGCCAUAUUACAGGAGCGUAACUCUCAGCUCUCUGAAAAUGCCAUCCUCCAAGGAAACCAGCUUCGCGAAGCUGCCGAGAACCUCAUUGUUGCCGACGGUAAACAAGAGGAGCUUCAGAAACAAUGCACGCAACUUGAAAGGGAGAAGGAUCGAUUGGAAUCGACUGAGAAGAGGUACAAAGAGGAGGUAGAGCAUCUCUGGGCUCAAAAGGAUGCCUUGCAAUCAUCGAAUACAGAGCUUCAGGUCCACAUUGCUGAACUCAAACAAACCGAGCAGCGAUUCGAGGCCCUUGAAUCUAAGUUGAAGGAAACCAAACUCAAGUUGAAGAGCAAGGAGGAAGAGUACGAAAAGCACAACUUGCGCAGGGAUUACGAGCAUGAACAAUCCCAGAAGCAAAUCAACGACCUUGUGACUAGCCUGAGUUCGGUCCGCGAGCAACUCGUGGCGACGAAGACAACGCGAGACCAUUUGCAAUCCCGUGUUAAUGAGCUUACCGUCGAGCUGAAGAGUGCGGAAGAGCGCGUGCAAGUCUUGCCGCCACAGCCUAGUGUUUCCGCCGGUCCCGCCGAGCCUCCCGUUGUGGUUUCAGGAUCUGGCGAAGGCAAUGACCUGACUCCAGAGGAGGAGCUUUCGCUUGAAGUCUCCAAUCUUAAGCGUCAGCUAGACUUAACAACUGCUGAACUUGAUCAUGCCAAGCAAUUGGCGCAAGAUUACCAAGCCAUCAGUCAAGAUACUGAAGAACGCCUGGAGUCGGUCACUGAGACACAGGAGCAGUACCGCCAAGAAACCGAUGCCCUCAUCAAGGAGAAAGACGAGAUGAUUCAGAGCCUCAAGGAUCGAAUUGAGGAAAUCUCGGCUGAGUUGACAAACACCAAUUCCGAGAUUUCUCAGCUUAAGGAAAAGCAAAGCGAGGUCACUCGUCACCAAGAAGAACGGGAGGCACAUUUCAAAUCGGAAAUCGGUCGCCUGAAUCAGGUCAUUGAAGGCCAUGUUGCUGCAGCACAAUGUCAUGAAGAGGACAUGAAAGCACAAGCAGAAAUUUCUGACCUUGCCCAGCGUAAUUACGAUCAGGCUCAGCAAAAUUACGACAGGGAAUUCCUCGAACACGCCAAGGCUGUCGAGAACCUCCAAGCAGUUCGUAACGAGGUCAAUGACUUGAAGAUACAAAUUGUCACAUUAACAACGCAAUCCGAAACCUACAAGAAAGACCUUGACCAACAGGGAGAGACUAUGAAGGAGGAACGGGCCAAGCAUGAGGUCGAUAUCCACGAGCUGAAAAAGCGUCGAGACGAGAUGCAGAAGGAGAACGACCACCUUUACACGCUGAUAGAAAACCACAAGAGCCAGAACUUGGCCCUUCGGCGUCGGGUCGAAGGUUCGGAUGAAAUGUCGGAGAGUAACCAGGUAGCCUCUGACUCCCAAGCUGAAGAAGACAUCAUCGCCUCCUUGCGAAAUCAGCUGAAGAUCGUCCAGAACGAAUUUGAAGUUGCCGCCUUGGCAAAAGGGCGACUCGAAAAGGAGAUUGGCAGGGUUAAUUCUAGGUUCCUUGCUCUACAAUCUUCAUAUGAUACAGCACGCGAGGAUCUCGAGAAGUUCCGCUCCGAAUCUGACACUCAGGCUAGAGAGGCGAAUGAGAAGCGUCAAAGAAGUAUCGAUGAGCUGAAAGAGUCCUGCGACAAAACCACCCGCCUCUUCCAAGAUCAAUUGAAGGAGAAGGAAAACACUCUUCAGCAAAAGUCAGCUCAGGUGGUUGAGCUUUCCACGCAAAUCGCACGCCAUGAGUUCAGGAUUGGCGAGUUGGAGGAUGAGGCUGAGGCCAAGAACAGAGAGCUACAAUUGCUGCAAGAAAGUCACGACCAUUAUGCGAAACUCGUCCAAAAUAACUCUCACGGCGAAAUGGAGCAAACACUUGCCACCCUUGAAAACGAGAAAAACACGGCCGUAUCUGAACGAGAUGCACUCAUUACCGAACGCACUAGCCUUCAGGCCCAGCUCACCGAGUCAUCCCAGAAGUUUGAUCAGGCCCAGGAGCAGUGGAAAAGCAGACGAAACGAUCUCAUUGAACAGGCCAAGGCACGUUCCAAGGAUCAAACGAAUCGUAUCAACAACAUCUCAGCCGAACUCAAAACGGCUUUGGAGGGCAAGGAAGUCAUUCAGCAGGAACUGCAAAUCACCAAGGAUGAACUGCAAAAACUGAAGGCUAAGGCCUCAGCUGCGUCACAUGCAUCCGCAUCCGCGCCCGCUGAAACAACAGCACCUGCUGAAGCACCAACACCUGCUGCCGCCGCUGUCAACCCUACUCCAGCUUCACAAUUCCCCACUGCCACGAUCUCAGUCCCCGUUCCCGGUGAUGACCAACGGGUCCAGGCCCUCGAGCAGAAAAUCCAAAGCCUUCAGCAGAAGAUCCAACGCCUCGAAGCUGCCCUUGUCGAGAAGGAACGCCAACACGACGCUAAGAUUCAAGAAUACAAGACUCAACUUGAUAACGCCAUUGCCGCUCAUCGACAAGAGGUUGAGAAGCUUUCCGCCGGUGGACAGUCUGUUCCCGAUAUGGCUAGUGGUGUUCCUGAACAAACACCCGCAGCGCCCUCGAAGCCAGAAGACGAUUUCGCAGAUCGCUUAGCCAACAUGAGUGAGCCUGAAGCGUUACAGGUCUGUAAAAAUAACAAGCCCAUCAACGAAGUUAUUAAGAGGUUCCUCCGCAAGAAGGUUGAGGAGAAGGAAAAGGAACACAAAGAUAGCAUCAGCCAGAAGGACGUGGAAUACGCACAACAACUUAAGAAAAAAGACAACGAAAUCAAGUUGGCCGGGCAGAAGCCACUCGUGCAGAUAAGCAUGCUCGAGAAAAGACUCAACAAUGCGAAUGCCAAGAUCGAGGUUGUGAAGAUAGCUGCCGCAGAAACCCCAGAAAAAGCUGUGGCUCAAGUCUGGGAGGUCGCACAGAAAGCCCAGCCUGCACCUGCUGCAAAACCAACGGCAACAACCACACCCACGACUCAACCUGCUUCCCCAGCACCGGUUCCAAACCAGCAAGCACCGGUGGCCCCUUCUUCGGCUGCCCCUGCCCCUGUCCCUGCGGCAUCCGCUCCAGCUGCCACCUCGGCUCCCCCAGUUCAAGUUUCCCCUAGCCCUGCAUCUGAACCGGGACAGGGACAACCUUCCCAGAACCCUCCCGCACAAUUCAGUCAAUCGCAAAUCGAGCAGAACCAGCAACCUUCUAAUCUGCCAAAUAAACCUCCUGCAGGGAACCCACCAGGGUUGAUGCGCGCUCUGCAAUCGGGACUUCCAAUUGCCAGAGGUGGACGUGGAGGUCGCGUUGGAAGUCAGCAAUUUGGCCACGCUCAACAAAAUGACCAGCAAGGUCAAACCCAAGCUCAGGUCCAACGUGGUGGGGGAGCUCAACGAGGAAGAGGCGGCCGUGGAGGGCAAGGUCGUGGUGGUCACCAAAACACCAACGUCCAAUCUCAACCACAAGCCCAAUCCCAAAACCAAACCGCCAAUGCUAACCGCGGAAACCUCAACGCCUCAGCUCGCCAAUUCAUUCCGCAGGGCAACAAGCGCUCUCGUGAUGAAGGCUCUGACAAUGCCAAUGAGGCUGCCAACGCCGGAAAGAGACAGAGAGGUGGCGGUGGACAACAGCCUCGCGGUGGGGGCUCAUCUUGA